AUGUUGACGAAGUUUGAUUGGGUGCUACAGGAUGGCGAGAUCUACGUCAUGGGAGUAACCUUCGAUCGCUCGCUUUCUUUCAACGGACACAUCGAUCAAGUUGUAAAGGACUGCCUGCAACUGUUCGCUUUGGACGACCCUCAUGCUAUUCUGUCUAUAUAUAUUGGACUAGUAAGGUCGAAACUUGACUUCGCAAGCGUAGUCUGGCGCCCGCUCUAUGUAACACAGAUCAAUAGGCUCGAACAAAUUCAGAAAAAAUUUGUACGUUUCGCCCUUAGACACUUGGGUUGGAAAAACGAUGAGCUGCCUCCUUACCAGCAACUGUGCGGACUAGUCGAUCUGGACACCGUUCAUUCUAGACAUACGAUAGCGGAUGUGACCUUUUUCUCAAAUGUAUUGGCUGGACGCACCAAAAGUCAACGUCUGCGUGACAAUCUAACCUUCAACGAUAGUCCUACGGUACUACGACGUCGUCGGAUCUUCGAGCCACCUAACCGAUCGCGAAACUACACGCAGCACGAACCAUGCACUAGGUUCAUGACCGAGUUCAACCUAUGGCAGAUGUGA